AUGGUCAAGCUCACCAUCGUCGAGGAUAGGCCGACGCCGAAGGAGGUCUACAACUGGAAGGUCUACUUCUAUGCGUCCAUGGCAUGUUGGGCCUCGGUCAUGAUUGGCUACGACUCUGCCUUCAUCGGCUCUGCCAUGGCUCUCAAGAGCUUCAAGGACGAGUUCAACCUUUCCACCCAGUCCAAGUCUGAAAGCGCACUGCUUUCCGCAAACAUCGUCUCCUGUUACCAGGCUGGAUGCUUCUUUGGCGCGCUUUCGGGCUACUUUAUUGGCUACUACUGGGGUCGCAAGUGGGGUCUCUUCGCCGCCUCGAUGGUCUUCCUCGUCGGCUCUGUGCUCCAGGUCGUCUCGUCGCACAAGACUGGUCUCGGCAUCAUGUACGCCGGUCGCGCCAUUGCCGGCUGGUCUGUCGGUGUGGCUUCCAACCUCACCCCCAUCUACAUUGCCGAGAUUUCCCCUCCCGCCAUUCGUGGCCGUCUCAUCGGUCUCUACGAGCUUGGCUGGCAGAUCGGAGCUGUCGUGGGCUUCUGGAUCGGUUACGGCGUCAACCAGCACGUCCCCUACGGCAACAAGCAGUGGAUGAUCCCCUUCGCCGUCCAGCUCGUCCCCGGUGGCUGCCUCGCCAUGGGCGCCCUCACCCUCAGGGAGUCGCCCCGUUGGCUUGCCUCGCGUGACCGCUUCGCCCCGGCCCUCAAGAACCUCGCACACGUGCGUGGCCUCCCCGAGGAGCACCCCUACGUUCAGGAGGAGAUGUACGAGAUCAAGUCGGCUAUUGAGCACGACGAGGAGCGUGCCGGCCGCGGUGUCUUGGCUCCCAUGCGCGCCCUCUUCACCAACAAGAGCUACGUCAAGCGUCUCGGCAUCUGUGUCAUGCUCUUCGCCAUGCAGAACGGAACUGGUAUCAACGCAAUCAAUUAUUACGCGCCUACCGUCUUUGCUUCUAUCGGUGUCACCGGCACGAGCUCGUCGCUCCUCACUACCGGUGUCUUUGGUCUCGUCAAGUUUGCCGUCGCCAUUGUUUGGCUCCUCUGGCUUGUUGACCGCUACGGUCGUAAGAUCCUUCUCCUCGUCGGCGCCCUCGGUGGUGCCCUUUCGAUGAUCUGGAUCGGUGUCUACAUUGCCGUCGCCAAGCCCGCCGAGCACCCCACCAGCACUCUGUCCGGUGGUGGCAUUUCCGCCAUUGUCGCCUUCUACCUCUGGACCUGCUUCUACGGCCCUACCUGGAACGGUACUCCUUGGGUGUUCGGUGCCGAGACCAUGCCUACUUUCAUCCGUUCGGCUACCCAGGCCUUCAUCGCCGCCUCGAACUGGCUCUUCGCCUUCCUCAUCGCCCGUUUCACUCCCCAGAUGUUCGCCGCCAUGGGCUUCGGUGUCUACCUCUUCUUCGCCGCGCUCAUGCUCGUCUCCAUCCCCAUUGUCUACUUUGUCGUCCCCGAGACUUCGGGUAUCCCCCUCGAGCACAUGGACGAGCUCUUCGCCGUCAGCCCCCGCAAGGCCCACGCUAUCGUCUCGGAGCGUCUCCACAAGCAGCACGAGAACGACACCUUCGACGACAAGCCCCAGCAGGAGCAGCUCGAGAAGGCCGAGUCUCGCGACGAGCACCACAUUGUUUGA